CUACAAUGUCUUUGUUUACUGUGCGCGAUUGUCAGCGGGUUAGAAGUGUUUUUCUUUUUUCCCAAACAGCACCGGGAAGGCUUCUGACGAGGUCAAUUUCAUGGAAUUUUGAAUGAACCUCCACAAGUACAAACAACGAACUACACGUAAAAAAGUAAGUAGCGCAACUCUUCGCGUUCACAGAUCAUGCCGGAGUUGCGAGGGCCGGCCUCUUCAUCUCAAGGUCAAGGACCAGUGCUGGAAGGUUCUGGCGCUGUGCCUUUUGGUGAGUUGGUCUCUUCGGUCGUAAAGAAGCAAGAGGACGCUGCGCUGCUAGAGCACGAUGGUCCGCUUGCUUCGACCGCUGUCACCGGCGUGGCGCCGGGGAACAAGCGGCCAGCAGACCAGCCAUCGGACAAAAAGCCCAAGGCGAAGCGCCAGAAAAAAGAGCCCACAGCAGAGCAGCUAGCUGCGAAGCAGGUUUUGGUUUUUGUUUUUCAUAGCGCUAUCAUUAUAAUCAUUAAUUUUGAUUAAGCUUAUAACUAUGAUGUUGUUUCCGGCGGUACCCCAUCAUUUCAACUUUUGUCAAAUGAUUUGCAUAUGCAUUGGCUCCGCCCACCAACUCAAACUCAAACUUUGUUUGGCCGCUGUUACCUAGUAGCUAUGAUGAAAGCUGCUCGCAAGAUUCAACAGAACCCCAUGGUUUUGCGUUUUGGCUGGCUCUGCGACACAAUAACUUUCUGAAACGCAAAACCACAACGACACAGGCCAAGGCGGAAAAAAAAGCCGCCGACAAGGCGGCGGACAAGGAGGCGAAGCGGGCUGCGAAGGAACAGCAGAAACAGGCUAAGGAACAGGAGAAGGCGGACGCGCAGCGCGGGAGGGCCCUGCGCAAGGAGAUCGGCGACGACAUCAAAAGCCGUCUGAAGAUUGUGUGCUCGAAGAAAGGCGGCUACAAGCACUGGUAUCUAUUGAGAAGAACAGGCCGUGAUGCCGAUGAAUAGAAAAUUUAAAUUCUGAUUCUGCUGCAUGGAUUUUUCGCAGUAACCUUAUUUAUUGCGUACGUGCUUGGUGUUGUCUGCAUCUUCACACUCGCUCUAACGAGGUAUGUGCCCGACGGAGCCGCGUCUUACAUGAACAUUACCCUGGCGGACUUCAAGUACUUGUUCGCGGACGCCAUCGCCCGCGACAAAAUAGACCCCCCCGUGUUUACGGAAAACACCCGCGCGGUGGUGGGCGACCUAAACUACGGUGACUGCUGCACGGCCUUCGGUAGCACCAAACUGUCCGGCGGCAGCAUGUACGCCCAAUACACCGUGAAGGGCAUGACCGUCACCUACCGACCCGCGAACCAAAAACUCACCCUCGCCUACGAAAUGGACGGGUUUUGAUUCUGGAAAGAAAAGCGGUUUCAAGAGUUGUGAGAAGACAAGAGGCUAGGAAAAUGAUCAUCAAAAAUAUGUUGUACACGAUCCGGACGAUCCUGUUCCUGCUCCUGCUAUCAAAAAAAAGAAAAGACUGAAAUUAUCGAGAUCUCGGCAAGCGCAAAAGGCAUCUGCCAUUUCCAGGACGGGCUGAUUGAUUUCGAUGUACACUACACCUCCCCUGCCCUGCGUCUGCCGGCAUCGCGGCCCACGACAAAUUUUGUCGCCGCGGCGGUGUCGCGAGAGGAUAAUCGUCAGCCACUACAUCAUUUAAGUAUUUUGAACGACAAGUUUUGUCCACAUAGGGCAGGUUAUUUUUGGAGCCCUUUCUAAGGACACGAUCAACCCGUUACUCACAACUGUUCUUAAUGUUGGUGGUCUUGCUUUGGUUUGAGUCGCAUUUUUUGAUGGCACAUACUCUGUAGCACGACUUCGCUCAAGGCGCACUACCACUAGAAGGUACUCAAUAUAAUUGAUGAGUGGCGUAGUACGCAGCUCUCCUUUGUCGCUGAUCUAGAUGCCCGCACCGAUCUGGCUGGUGCUGAAGCUGCUGUCCUAGAGGACGACGAUAAAUAUGGAUGGGAGCAGGAUGAGGAUCUUCUCUUCUUAAAUCCGUUUCCCUUUCCGUAUCCUAUCGUGCCCAUGAUCCAAAGAACAGCUUCAAAGGUGGUCCUCGUGUACAUGUUCC